CUCAGAGUGGGGAAGUGGGAUUUUAAACCCAAGUGGACACACAGACGAAUACACACGACCCAAGAACAGACAGGAGAUUUGAUUGGUCCAUCAUGUGGGCAUGGGCGCUGCUUCCGGUUAUCCUGGCAGUGUUUGGCACUGUGGGCAUGUGGGCUGUGUUUGGUAUAGCUGUAUCUAAUGAAACAGUUAAUCUGACUGCUGGGUUCCCGUACAUCAGCACUUGUGGCUCGUAUAACCCUCAGAGCUGUCUGUUCUCCCAGAUUUGCAACAUCUGUUCAGUACUGGCUCUGUGGAUUGUGAUUAUAAGGUUCCAGCAGGUGAGGGAUCUGGGCUGUGCGUCCCGUGUGAACACAUGCAGUAUUGUUCUUGGAUUUAUCUCCUCAAUAGGCAUCUCAGUGCUGGGAAACUUCCAGCAAUCAGUGGAUAUGAAAGUUCACUUGCUUGGGGCUUUCCUGGCGUUUUAUGUGGGUUUGGCUUAUUUCUGGAUUCAGGCAUGGCUCACCUACCAUGCUGAGCCAUCAUGUCACAGGAAGUGGGCAGGACCGUCAAGGAUUGUCUUCUGCAGUCUUUGUACCUGCCUGAUUCUUGCCAUGACUGUCCUACAUAACGUAGGCUACCGUUCAGCAGGGGCCAUUUGUGAGUGGGCUGCUGUCAUGUGCUUCUUCGUUCUGUUCGGAGUUUUCACAGCUGAGUUUCGGCACAUCGACUUCCACAAACUCCAUGUGCAACGUGAGGGAUUCAGCAAAAGUGGCAGUGAUUUUACAAUGGAACCGUCCCAAUAAAGAACUACAGGAUGCCUGAAAGGACCCUUAACUAUCACAUACAAAUGCUCAUGGUCAAGUGGGAGCAUCACUUACAGCACAUCAGUAAAUGCCUAAGAACCAUAAAUCCUUUUCCUCUUCAUGCUAAAGAAUGAGAACAUUUUCUAAAGGAUAUAUUAAACGUCUUUACGAAAGAAGCCUAAUGUAUGCCUAAGUACUAAUUUAUGCUCUAUGUAUGCAAAAAACAUCCUAUACAGAGAACAAACUUUAAUAUAGACAUUUUCUGUUAAUUUUAGUCACAAUUUCUAUUUAUUUGGAAAAAAAUAGAAUGUAAAAUAUAAGAUGUGCUAUUAUGUUUGUACAGGCCACAUUUUAUAUUUCAUAUUUAUUUUCUAGAGGUCAUUUACAUAUGAGUCUCAAAGGAACAACAGCAGUCUGUUUAAUUGUAAUGCAGUGGUCACCAACCCUCCACCUGGAGAUCUACUUUUCUGCAGAGCUUAGCUCCAACCUCUGAAUGUAAAUGCAUAGACUGCUGAAAUAUGAAUGAUUGUAAAACAUACUAAUGUAUUUGUGUGUGCAUUUGAAUAAAUAUUAUGUUCUGACUUAUUUAAA